AUGAAAGUCUUAAAUGGGAAUUACCUUUCUGACUUGAAACAAUUUAGUCGGUUUGUUGGAAUUCAAGUCAGGGAGAACCAGAACCAAGGACUUGGCCUUGGAUCAGAAGCGUGUGGAAGCCAAGAGAAUGCAGAGGAAAGUGUGUCUGCCAUGGAGAUGCAGGAGCUGGCACCAUUGAGCCUUGGCUCUGAGCACUUCAACACUGGCGCUUCAGCUGGAAGAUACAGGUCCUCUUUUAAAUCUGUUAGCUCCACAGGAGGCAGCUUACAGGGAGUUUCUGCUUGUCAAUCAAGCAACCAAAGUCUUGCUUCUCUGACUGUGAAAGCACCAUUCUGCAGUCUUCAGCAAGUGCCUGAUGUGAAGUUAUUAGUGGAGAUUAAGAGUCGAGCUCUGGCUCUCAGUCCCAGAAUUGUGCAGUGGGUGCCGCAGUCUCUGCAUAAAGACCCUUCCCAGCUUCAUGGGGUUGGAAUGGUUUCCAGAGCUCUAUUCUGGAGACUCUUGGGAGCUGGGUGGAAAGGCUGGAUCUGCUGCAACACCACGGUGAGGAAGAGCGGGGUUGGUGGCAUCACCAUGCUCUUCACAGAGUACUUCACCCUCUGCUGUAGCUGGAGCUUCUGGCCUCUGAAGGUGCAGCACUGGUGUAAGUAA